AUGGGAGAACCGAAAACUUUCCCGCCGGAACAAAAGUCGGUCGGAGUGAGGGGCGAUUCCAAGAGCACUCCGGUCUCGCUGGGCGAUCAGCAGCUGAUGUAUUCAUAAAAGGUCCGACAAUAAAAUUGUGAAUUCUUAUUUUCAGAUUCACUACGGAAUAUACACAAACAAGUCUGUCCCUCAAGUACGUAGUCGCCUUCGCCGCUUGCCAAUUCUCCGGUCCAAUUGCGGUCGCCUAUUCCCCGAAACCCAAUUUCUGGUACAUUUGGAUAAAAACCAUCAGCGGACGCAUUCUGAAGCAGCACAUGGCCUUCAAUGACCCGAUUUCGAUGGAAUGGACUCGUGCCCACUGCCUUCUCGUCCUCAACAAACCCGGCCGUGCUCAUUUGUUCUCGUCGCUCGGGGAGAAAGUUUCCGAAGUGGCUUUCGACACCCAAAUGUCGAAUGACGUAUAUGAAAGCCGUACAUUUGCCACGUCACGCGGAGACAGCGGAAUCGCGGUUAUGGACAAAGAGGGACAAGUUUCCGUCGUCAAUUCAGUUUCGGAGCCUGUCAUCUGGAGCAUGAAGCCUCCUUACACCGAGCUACCGACUGCGUGGACCGCAUUCCAGCCGCAUUCACAAUUGACGCACAUUCUUUUGAUCUUCGAAGCCGUUUUCCUGAUGGGAUGCCAGGGAGAGGCCUUGACAGUGCAGCAUCAUGCUUCUGCUUGGGUGGAUGCGAACACAAAAUACGUCCGUUGCGUCGUCGAUGAUGCCCGCAGUCGAAUUGCCAUGAUGACCGUAAACGGAAAGAUUCAAAUUGUUUCCAUCGAUCUGUCCACGUGUUUCUGCAGCGUUGAAGUCAAAGACUACGACAUCGCAGAGUGCAUCAACUUCGGAUGGACGGGAACCUCCGUCGUUUUCGUUCAGAUGUCUCCCGCCUUUACCAUCUUUAUCAAUGUGAGCUCUCGUCGGAGAUCUGAAGAUAAAGUGUUGAUCUACGAGUGAGCUCUUUGUUCGGAAUCUCUUCUUAUACACUUUUUUCAGAAAGAUGACAGAAAAUGCUCGUAUCAGCGUGGAAACCGACGGUAUUCGCAUUUUCGAAAGCACACGCGUUGAAUUUGUCGAAGCAGCGAGCAGAGAAAAGAUUGCAGUACUCACGUAUAAUUCGACUGAGGAUGGAGCACAUUUGUACAAGGCAGCUCAGGAACUAAGUCAGGGCACUGGACACAACUCGUUCGCUGCUUCCACAAUCAUCCAGAACAUGUACAAUGCGAUCAACGACUGCAUCGGAACCGCAUGUGACACGUGGAGUCCGGAUGAGCAACAGAUGCUUUUGCGGGCGGCUCGCUUAGGAAUGGCCUACACGAACACGACUCCCGACACGACAAAGCUGAUGAGGGCGAUCAAGGAGAUCCGAGUGCUGAACGAGCUGAGAGAAGUCAGAACGGGCAUUCCACUCACCCAUCGACAGUACCAAAUGAUUGGCGAAACGUGCCUCAUCAACCGGCUCAUUGACAUCGGCUCGUACGGAGUGGCCAUCAAUGUGGCUCAGUGGCUGAACGGAGAAACCAGCGAGAACGUGGAUCGUGUGUUGAUGGAGUGGGUGAGACGGGCCAUCAGUAAAGUUGCGAACAGCAGCAUCCGACCAGCUCAACAGGAGCUGGAGGCUCUCGAGGAGAAGAUUUCCGCCAAACUGCUUCAGUUCCCUCACGUGUCUAUCGCCGACGCUGCUCGGAAAGCAAUUGAUGCAAAACUGCCCGAACUAGCUCGUCUGUUCAUCCGCCGCGAAAGUGAUGAUGAGAACCACGUGGCAGUCCUGCUUCAGCUGAAUGACGUUUCGGCGGCACUUCAGAAGGCUGCUGCUUCUCAAAGACCGCAGCUAAUUCACCAGGUCGUUCGUCACUUGAUGACGAGCGAGAGCCGAUCCAGCUACGAAUUGGCGAUCAGCCGGAUACCUCUUGCUCAGUGUCUCUAUCAAGAUCUCGUGCGACAAGAGGGGGAGACGAGAGGAACGUCUUCUCGGCAGAUGCUCGCACUUCUGGAGCAGGCCAGCGAUUUCGAACGGCAGACACUGUUCCACUUUGAUGUCGCCGAGACGGAGAGAAAUGUAUAGAAACAGACGAUUCUUAUUUAUCUGAAUGUUUUUUUUUUCAGCCGGACGAACGAUUGAAUGCACUGAAAAGAGCAAAAGACGCAGCAAAGAGUAUGGGCGACAAGGCGAUCGAGGAGAUUCUGAGCGACGUCAGUGCUUUCGCUCCGUUGCAAAUACAACGAGGACAGGCGGAUUUGUCCGUUAGGGACAAUGUCAUCGAAAUGGCUCACGACGCGGCGAAAGUUGCUCAGCUGAAGCAUCAAGCACGGCUGACCGACAAGCAGUGAGCCUACCGUGAACCGUCAGAUUUGUAAUUACAUUUUCAGAGUUUAUUUGUGGACAAUCGAGGGAUUAGCCAAAAAGGGAAAGAUGGAGCAACUUUUCGAUAUGGCUCAGAAGAAGUCGCCGGUCGGAUAUGCUCCGUUUGUAAAAGCCUGUAUGCGAUACAAACGGUUCGAUGAAGUCAAAAAGUACUUUGCCAAAGUGAACGGCUAUCCCGAUCUUGUCGCCGCCCACAUGGCAAUGAAGUGAACUCAUUCAAAUUUUUUUCUGUAACCGAAAUUAUUUAGGAACUUUGUGGAAGCUGCCAAGUUGGCGUACGACCGUCGAGAUCGUGAAGUUCUUCACGGGAUCCAUAUGAAAUCGUACGAAGAUCUGAAGCAAUAUGGACAGGUCGGGCAGCUCUUGAGAUCGCUCUCUUCGUAGUAAUAUAUUUUUUGUACAUAUAAUCGUGAAUCAUUCAAAUUGUGAUACUUUUCUCCUAUUCUAUUCAUUUUUAUACGAGUCAAUAAACUGUUUUAUGUGCCUUAUAUUCUCCGCGUCCACGUUUUUAUGUGUUCACAGCGUUCCCUUGCGCUGGUUUAAAUAUAUUGAUUUCUCCCUUGUUUCCAUCUAAACUUCCUCAUUUCCAGCCGAGAUGUCGGCCUCGAAACUGUGGUCUUGCACUGAAACAGUGCUCAAUGGAGGCAUCAAACUGUUCCUUUACUCGUCCAAAACGACGAAAUUGCGCGUGGCCAUCGGAGAAGUGCCCGGUCCGAUGGUCCACGGCGCCGUCUCGUUCGUCACCGAAGCGGACUCCGACGACGGACUCCCGCACACUCUGGAGCAUCUCGUGUUCAUGGGAAGCAAGAAGUAUCCGUUCAAGGGAGUACUCGACGUCAUCGCCAAUCGGUGCCUGGCCGACGGAACCAACGCGUGGACGGACACCGAUCACACUGCCUAUACGCUUAGUACGGUGGGAAGUGAUGGGUUCUUGAAGGUGCUGCCCGUCUACAUCAGUCACCUGCUCUCUCCGAUGCUCACCGCUUCUCAGUUCGCCACUGAAGUCCAUCACAUCACCGGCGAAGGCAACGACGCGGGAGUGGUGUAUUCCGAGAUGCAAGACCACGAAUCCGAGAUGGAAUCGAUCAUGGAUCGCAAGAUGAAGGAGGUGAUCUACCCUCCGUUCAACCCAUACGCCGUCGACACCGGAGGCCGUCUCAAGAAUCUUCGCGAAUCGUGUACGCUGCAGAAGGUCAGAGCCUACCAUAAAAAGUUCUACCACCUGUCGAACAUGGUGGUGACUGUUUGCGGAAUGGUCGAUCACAAGAAAGUGUUGGAUAUCAUGGAAAAUGUAGAGAAGGAGCAUCUUGCGAACGUUCCUGCUCACUUCCCCACUCCAUUCUCUUUCGCUCUUCCGGAAAUCAAGGAUUCGAGUGUGCACAAAAUCCAAUGUCCGACGGACGAUGCUUCGAGAGGAUCCGUGGAAGUCGCUUGGUUCGCUCAUCAUCCAUCCGACCUAGAAACCCACUCUUCUCUUCACGUUCUCUUCGAUUACCUUUCGAACACAUCAGUCUCUCCACUCCAAAAAGAUUUCAUUCUGCUCGAAGAUCCGCUCGCCAGCUCCGUCUCUUUCCACAUCGCCGAAGGUGUCAAGUGUGACAUGCGUCUCAACUUUGCGGGUGUUCCUGUUGAGAAACUCGAGCUAGUCGGCCCGAAGUUCUUCGAUAAAACGGUCCGUGAACAUCUGGAAGAGCCCCAUUGGGACAUGGAGCGCAUGGGAUAUCUGAUCGAUCAGAGCAUUCUCAACGAACUCGUCAAGUUGGAGACCAACGCGCCGAAGGACAUAAUUUCGCACAUUAUUGGUCAUCAGCUCUUCGACAACGGAAACGUGGAGCUUUUGAGGAAGCGCACCAACGAAAUUGACUUUUUGAAGAAGCUGAAGACAGAGCCCGCUGCCUAUUGGGUCGCCCUUGUCAAGAAGUACUUCACUGCUCCUAACGCUACUGUCAUAGGAGUGCCAGAUGAAGAACUCGUUGAGAAAAUCGCUAAAGAAGAGGAAAAUCGGAUUGCCGCUCAGUGCGAAAAGUUAGGAGAAGAUGGACUGGAAGAAAAAGGGAAAAUUCUCGAGGAGGCGAUCAAAGAGAACACGGCCAACCAUCCGAGCGCCGAACUUCUCGAUCAACUGAUUGUGAAACAGCUCGAAGCUUUUGAUCGAUUCCCUGUCCAAUCGCUCACUUCGGGCUCUCCGUCUCUGACUCCGCAACAAUCCGUUUUCCUGGCCCAGUUCCCAUUCCACGCCAAUCUGCACAACUGUCCCACCAAAUUCGUCGAGCUCAACUUCCUUCUCGACUCUUCCAACAUGUCCAUUGAAGAUCGCAGUCUGCUCUUCCUCUACACUGACCUGCUCUUCGAAUCUCCCGCAAUGAUCGAUGGUGUUCUUACUUCUGCGGAUGACAUUGCGAAGCUCUUCACGAAGGAUCUCAUCGAUCAUUCCAUUCAAGUCGGAGUCUCCGGUCUCUAUGAUCGGUUCGUCAGUCUCCGCAUCAAAGUGGGAGCGGAUAAGUAUCCGUUGCUCGCUAAAUGGGCUCAGAUCUUUACUCAGGUGAGCAUUUUACUUUUUCUGGAUAAUCUUGACGUUUCUUGUUUUCAGGGCAUCGUGUUCGACGCGUCUCGAGUUCAAAUGUGCGCUCAGAAGUUGGCUGGUGAGGCUCGCGAUCGGAAAAGAGACGGAUGCACUGUCGCUUCCACGGCCGUCGCAUCGCUCGUUUAUCAGAAGAGUAUGGACCUACGAACACAGAAUAGAAACAUCCAAGUGCCUUGUUUUCAGAUACAAACUGUCUUCUGUUCGAUGAAUUGGUUCUCGAGAAACUGCACGAGAAGCUUUCAAAGGAAGCCGUCAAGAAUCCAGAUUCUGUGAUUGCGAAACUCGAGAAAGUUCGCAGUGCGCUCUUCUCAAGUGGAAUCAACGUUCAUUUCAUCGCCAACGUCGACAGAAUUGAUCCAAAACUUUUGGGCGCUAACCAGUGGUCGUGGGUUCAAGCCGACAAACGGUUCGGAAAAGGAGAAAAGUUUUCGGCGUCUGCUGGAGAAGGAGUCGCUCUGCAACUCGGAAAGCAGCUGUUGAUCGGUGUCGGAGGCUCCGAGUCCUCGUUUAUCUAUCAAACUGGGUUUCUGGAUGCCGAUUGGAACUCUGAUGUGCUCAUUCCGACGAUGGUCUUCGGACAGUACUUGUCGCAAUGCGAAGGUCCGUUAUGGCGGGCCAUCCGAGGAGACGGCCUCGCGUACGGAGCCAACAUCUUUGUGAAACCAGAUCGGAAGCAGAUUACUCUCAGCCUCUUCCGAUGUGCUCAGCCGGCUCUCGCGUACGAGCGGACCAGAGAGAUCAUUCGCAAGAUUGUGGAGAGCGGAGAGAUCUCGGAAGCCGAAUUCGAAGGAGCCAAGCGGUCGUUGGUGUUCGAAAUGAUGAAAAGAGAGGGAACUGUGAGCAGUGCGGCCAAGAUCAGCAUUCUGAACAACUUCCGAAAGACCCCUCAUCCGUACAAUAUGUAUGUAAACUAGUCGUGUAAGAUUCCAUCCAAUCCUCUCUUUCAGCGAUCUCUGCCGUCGCAUCUGGAAUCUGACCUCGGCCGAGAUGGUGAAGAUCGGAGGUCCUCCGAUGUCUCGCGUGUUCGAUGAAUCCAGCUACGUCCGUUCGAUUGCCGUUCAUCCGUCGAAGAUUGCCGAGAUGAAGAAGGCGUUCCCAGGAAGUGCCAAGAUCAAGAUAUCCGACUUGCAGCUCUCCGUUUAG